AAACCAGGUAGGAAGUCAGUUCAGGAGCAGCAACCAGCAGCACAGUGAGCAAACAUGUCCAACACCAGCAUGAACAUGGGCAGGGCCACCUUCUACGAGGAGAGGAACUUCCAGGGCCGCUCUUAUGAGUGCAGCUCCGACUGCCCUGACAUGUCCUCCUACAUGAGCAGGUGCCAAUCCUGCAGAGUUCAGAGCGGCUGCUUCAUGGUGUAUGACCGCCCCAACUUCAUGGGAAACCAGUUCUUCAUGAGGAGGGGAGAGUACUCAGACUACCAGAGUAUGAUGGGAAUUACCGAUGGUAUCAAGUCCUGUCGCAUGAUCCCAAUGCACAGAGGAAACUUCAGGAUGAGGAUCUAUGAGAGGGAGAACUUUGGAGGUCAGAUGCAUGAGAUGAUGGACGACUGUGACUCCAUCAUGGACCGUUUCCGCAUGUCCGACUGCCAGUCCUGCAACGUGAUGGACGGUCACUGGCUGAUGUACGAGCAGCCCCACUACAGAGGCAGGCAGAUGUACAUGAGGCCCGGAGAGUACAGGAGCUUCAGAGAGAUGGGCAUGGGAAUGGGAGGCAUGAGCGGUGGCAUGAGGUUCAUGAGCAUGAGGCGUAUCAUGGACAGCAUGUCUAUGUAAUUUCCUCAAAUGCUUUUUGUGAUGAUUUACUCAGGACACUUAAUGUUUAAGCGUUUCACUAUUUCACUCCCUACAUCUUUAACAUUUCAAAGUUUCUGUGUAGAUAGGAUUGUGUACAAUAGCUGCAUGCUGGAUGUAAAGUAAUAUCCAAUGAUAUCUCAGAGCUUUAAUUUAGAAAAGAUUACUGCCCUGCUAUUUUGCAAUGCACAAUU